AUGGCUGACGAUGAUAUCUUUUCCCGCCUCCAGCUCUUAAUUGAUUGUCACGCCCAGCUCCUUAUCUGCGUUCAGGAGCAAUGUUGCUUUGCUCUUUCCUUCAAGCCUGCCCAAGUGAACGAACAUCUUCGGAAACGCCACAGCAUCCCGAUUGACGACCGGCGUAGAGUUGUCCGUCUUUUGAAGAACCGGGAACCUCCACUUCUGGAUCCCGCCAACGCGCUGUUGCGCCAGAAUGAGUCCCCAUAUGAUCCCAACCUGCCACUAUUCGAUGGGUUCAGCUGUAAGUUCUGCGAUCUUCUUACCAUCAGCAGUCAGGUUGUAAGCCGCCAUGUGGGUGCCGAACAUGAGAGGCGGCGACUGGAAUUGCAGGUCAAGCCAAAGGCUAUGUAUGAACCCGUAUACUUGCAGGCUUGGACGAAGAACCCUAUUGGAGGACGAUACUGGAUUGUUGAGUAUCGCGGGACUACGACACGCCCCAUCGGGGGAAAAGAUGUAUACAGUCACCUCCGAGGCGCAUUUAAGCGAGAGCGACGCCUGCAGCAAGGCUUAAUCGCAAAUGAGGUGGACACCAGUGCAAAAAUCUCUACAUCAACAUUUACAGAUCUUCGGCCCUGGCUAGAGCGGACUGGCUGGGAGCAGACAUACCAGAACUUCGACCACGGCUUGCUGCGAAAUCUGACCACCAUGCCCUCUUCCUUAUCGUCAGUCCGCGGCGUCGUAUUAAGUAGAGCUAGAAGUGGUGCUACACAUACUACAUCAGGUGAAGACUUAAUCAGCUCUACGGGUGACGAGCAGAAGAUUGCUGCAAUCUUAGUAGCUGUGGAUAUGGUCAUGGAUCGCUGCGAGCAAACGGCCCGGACCACAAGCCGAAACCUUCUCUGUUGGCUACGUAGCGUACGGCCUCAUGGAUGCUACGCUAAGCCCUUUACCUUUGUCAGCAAGGCGGCUAGUAGAACAAAGUAUAUCCGGCUCCUUAAGCGCUUUAUAGCUAUGGUAUUCCACGCUUUUUGCUUACCUACUGAUGUUUGUCGGCGCCGUGCUGGUAUCCGGUUUAAGAGAUCACAGAUUAAGGCGAUCGCAGCCAUAUGGAAUCACUGUAUCUGGGAUCAGCAUGGCGCUACAACGUUGAAUUUCUGGAAAUCGGCCAGGGCGCAUGCCAUAGCUAAGUAUCAAGCGAGCUGGGAUGAAAGAGCAGAGAAUAGCGAAGAGUCUAUGACUGAAGAUUCUGACAAUAUUGACAGUAUCUCAGAAAGCGACGAAUCUGCAAAUGGGGAUGAGGAUCACAGAUGUGAUAGUGAUGAGGAGGAAGAAGAGGAGGACCGAGAGGAAGCCAGAACAGCGGCUAACUCGAGUAACGAAAAUCCAGACUUGGCUGAAAUGCUGGAGCGGCUGUUUGGACUUGUAAUGGCAUUCAGCACGGAGGAAGUGGUGGAUGGGCGACCAGCUUCAACCUACUGUACCAAUUACCACGGGUAA